AGCGCUGUAAACAAAUCGACACGUCACCAAGAGACGACGUCACUCUCCUGCGACGCUGUGGAUUUUCCCUGAGACGGAGAAGAAAGCCUUACAUUUUACCUUAGGGUUUUUAUCAGUAAUUAAUGAAUGUAGCGUGUACUGUACCUCGCAGUAUUUACAUUUUGAGAAAGGCUGACCUGCUCUCAGGUUGCUCGUCGCUCGCCAUUGAGUUACAGAAAAAAAUGCCACUACAACUUAUUGAAGGGAUGUCCAGCAGGAAGAGAAGACCCAACUGGACAGACCAGGAGUGUCUUCUUCUUGCUAUGCUAAUGCAAGAGAAGAAGGACGUAAUCAGAGGGAAGUGCAGCACUGGAAUUACAAUACAGGAUAAAAGGAAAGGCUGGGAGGAAAUAACCCAAGCCAUAAAUGAAGCCUUUCCACUGUUUCAGCGUACAGUGUCUGACUGUAACAAAAAGUGGGAAAAUCUAAUGUCAAAGUCAAGGGAGGAGAUCAAACGGCACAGAAGCCAAUCAAAUACAGAAGGCCUGUCCAUGGAGCAGUUAAGUGCUGUGACUCAGGUAGUGGUUUCUGUGAUGAACCUCUCAGACAGGCUGCAACAGGAUGGAGAAGACUCUUCAAUCUCAGGACUGGUGGAAACUCAACAUAACAGUUGUGAUGAAGAUGGAAAUCAGCACUCAGUUGAUGAAAGAUUCUCCACCAGUCAUCCCCUGAGAGAGCUUGACCUCCCGACACAUACAGGAUCAUCAAGUUCUCCAGCAGAACAGAAAAUGACUGUUUUUGCUAACUUCCCAAAAUCAAUCGCAAUGCAUUUUAGUUCUCCUCGUGCUGCUGACUUUGCAGCUUCUGCAGAACACCAGGAAACCUCCUGCUCUUCUUCAUCUCCAGGCAACUGCACAACGCUGCAAGAGCGAUUGGAUUUGGAAAUGUCAGUACUAAGAAGACAAGAGAGAGUUCUAAAGCUGCAAGAAGAAUAUUACACACUUAAAAUCAAGAUGAUGAAAAAGACAAUAGAGCCGCCACUGUCAAAGAACUGAAGUAACUAAAGAACGACCUGUUGCUUCGGUUUGUUUCUUGUGAAAUGUAUUUGUGAACAACCUUUUGUUUUGUUGUGAAUUUGUAUUAUCGCUUAAAUUGAUUAUAUGUUGACAUAGAAACAGCAAUAUAACAGUGAAUAAAAGUAAAAAAACACAACACUGUGUAUGGACUUCUCUAACAAAUGAAUGCAAAUAAAUAAACAUGUCCAGACAUCCAUCUAGACGUAAAUAUACCUUCACACAGCUCAGCCACAGCAUACACUUACAAAAGUGAGAAAGGACAACAUAUGCUCACACAUCCUACAUAUUGCACAAACAUACAGUCCAAGGUCUUUAGGUUUCCCUGUCUGAAUGAGGAACACAGAUCUCCGCCUCCAGUUGUCAUGAAAAACACUUUUCUACUAGCUGACCUGCAUCAUGCCAGGUUUUUGAAUUAUUCAUACAAUACGUUUUGGUUCAUUAGUUUAUUUUUAUUUGUGUCGAACCACUUUUAUAGGCUUCUUCUUCAUCAGCUUAAAUCUGGGGAAUCCUCAAGAGGACACACAUAUUUCCUUCAUCUAGGGAAAAAAACUCUACAAACGAACUCUCUCUGGCUGCUCUGGAUGGAUAAAGCUGAAAAGUCAUAAAUAUAUUAAAUAGAAAACCAAGUCAAAUCCCCAACAACAUGAAAACCCAGAAGGAAAGGAAUAGAAAUAAAUAUACACAUUUACUAACAGUAAAAUGAGUGGAUACUACAGUAUAGGAUUUCAACAUGAUUGUUUCUGAAAAGGUUAAAUAGAUAAUAAUAGUAGUGGUGCUAAGUAACUUUUCAUUUACAGUAUUUCCACCUCCAACCAGGCAAGAUGUUACCAAUGUAGCUUUGAAUAUAGUCUUUAAUCAUUAUUACUCAUUAUAACACAUACAGAAAUGUUUUAUGAGAGUCCUGUAAAGCCAUUUACUCAGUGUACUGCUGGCCUUAAUCGAAGAGGGUGAAAGCAACCAAAAUGUGGAAUAAAAGGCUUUGGAUGGACCGUGUAAUAUGUUGGGUUGUUUGUAAUGUCUUUUUCAGAGACUAUCCCUCUUGAAGGCAGUAUGGUCUCCACAGUUAACUGAAUCUUAUUCUUAGUCAGCAUAUUUGUGUGUCGUUUCAAUGAUUUUGUA